CUCUUACGCCUGUGAGUGCUGUUCCUUCGGCACAGGGGCCUGAGGGGCUCCCAGCUGUUAGCUCCCCGCCUCCCAGUGGGUAGCCUCUGCAGCCAGGGGUCUGGCCUCACGCUGGCUGCCCACCCACCCAUGGAGGGGCAGCUCACAUGGUUCCUGGGUUGUCCUCGGGGGCUGCUGUGGGCCUGAGGCAGUGUGGGGUGCCCCUGCAGACACCUCGGAUCAUCUUGUGUCCAGCCAUGGGCAGCCCCUCAGCUUACCCUGGCAUCAGGAUCUCAGGGUGCUGGGCCCUUGGAGCAGAAGGCAGCAGCAGCGCUGAGGCCUUGGACAGGCUCCUCCCGCCCGUGGGCACUGGGCGCUCGCCGCGGAAGCGCACCACCAGCCAGUGCAAAUCCGAGCCGCCCCUGUUGCGCACCAGCAAACGCACCAUUUACACGGCGGGGCGGCCGCCCUGGUACAACGAGCACGGCACACAGUCUAAGGAGGCCUUCGCCAUCGGCCUGGGUGGUGGCAGUGCUUCUGGGAAGACCACUGUGGCCAGGAUGAUCAUCGAGGCCCUGGACGUGCCCUGGGUGGUCCUGCUGUCCAUGGACUCCUUCUAUAAGGUGCUCACCCAGCAGCAGCAGGAGCAGGCUGCCCUCCACAACUACAACUUCGACCACCCGGAUGCCUUCGACUUCGACCUCAUCGUGUCCACCCUCCAAAAGCUGAAGCAGGGCAAGAGUGUCAAGGUCCCGGUCUACGACUUCACCACCCACAGCCGCAAGAAGGAUUGGAAGACGCUCUAUGGUGCCAACGUCAUUAUCUUCGAGGGCAUCAUGGCCUUUGCUGACAAGACGCUGUUGGAGCUCCUGGACAUGAAGAUCUUCGUGGAUACGGACUCUGACAUCCGCCUUGUGCGGCGGCUUCGCCGGGACAUCAGUGAGCGUGGCCGCGACAUCGCAGGUGUCAUCAAGCAAUACAACAAGUUCGUCAAGCCAGCCUUCGACCAGUACAUCCAGCCCACCAUGCGCCUGGCAGACAUCGUGGUGCCCCGAGGGAGCGGAAACACAGUGGCCAUUGACUUGAUCGUCCAGCACGUGCACAGCCAGCUGGAGGAGCGCGAGCUCAGUGUCAGAGGAAGCUGCGCUGGGAUAUGUGAGGACGAGUGCAGUGCCUGGUGUGGUGCCUGGGGGCUGUGCUGGCUGCACCUGCCUGCCCUUCCUCUCCCCUCCCCUCCUCUCCUGGCCACACACCUCCCCGCCUGGCUCCUCCUGACCCUUCCCCGUUCCCUACUCCUGUUCCCCGACCACGACGUGCCCGAGGACAAGAUCUUCCUGCUGUCGCUGCUCAUGGCGGAGAUGGGUGUUCACUCGGUGGCUUACGCGUUCCCACGCGUGAGAAUCAUCACCACGGCCGUGGACAAGCGGGUCAAUGACCUGUUCCGCAUCAUCCCCGGCAUCGGGAACUUCGGUGACCGCUACUUUGGGACUGACGCCGUCCCCGAAGGCAGCGACGAGGAGGAGGCGGCCUCCAUGGGUUAGCUAGCCGCCAGUCUCUUCCAUCUGCGGCCCCACCCAACCUCCUGCCUCCUGGCCCUGCUUGCAGAGUACAGACAUGAACUUAUUCCAGUUUAAAAUGCUACCAGGAUAACUUACUCUCUACCUUUUUUUUUUAAAUAAAUCUUUAUUGUUCAGAUUA